UUCGUUCUUAAACUUGGCAAAGGUCGGAUGUGCCCAUUGGAAUACAUACUAAAUUCUGAUAUUAGUUCUGAUACAAGUGCACAUAAUAUGCCACAUAAUUAAUAACUAAUCAAAUAAGGAAAAUAGCUCUGGAUAAAAAUACAAGAACUAGUUGAAAAACCAAUUGAGAAUGUUGAACAAAAAACUGGAAUUGGUGGCCAAAUAUGCGCUCAAGCAAGGACUCAAGAUUAAUGCUUUACGCAGUUUAUCUACUACCCUGUCUACAAGCAUUAGCCACAAGCAUCAUGUGGUUAAGGAACCGUUGGUGUAUCGUAAUAUAGGCCAGGAAUUGGAGUUGACUGUUAGUAAAUAUGGUGAUGUCGAGGCAAUUGUCUCCUGUCAUGAGGGCAAGAGAUAUACAUUCAAGAGUCUUUUGGCCGAAGUUGAUCGUCUGGCGGCUAGCUUCCGUAAGCUGGGAUUACAACAAGGCGAUGCUGUGGGCCUGUGGUCUCCAAAUUAUGUGCACUGGUAUCUGGGCAUGUUAGGAGCAGCUCGUGCUGGUCUCACAUCGGUGGGCAUUAAUCCCGCUUUUCAGGGUCCGGAGGUGGCCUAUUGCCUGAACAAGGUAGGCUUAAAGGCUAUAGUGGCUCCAGAGAUAUUUAAAUCGCAGAACUAUUACGAGAUUCUACGUGGCAUAUGCCCAGAAAUAGCCGAUGCCGAGCCAGGUAAAAUUAAAAGUGAGAAAUUUCCUCACUUGCGUUCGGUGAUCAUUAAUAGUGAGACUCACUUGAAGGGUGCCCUACGUUUCGAUGACCUCCUGGAUUUGAGUAAUAGAACCGAGCAGGAGGAGAUUGGCAAGUAUCAAACGAAAAUCAGUCCAGAAUUGCCAUGUAAUAUACAGUUCACAUCGGGAACCACGGGCAACCCGAAAGCUGCAUCGCUCUCCCAUUACAAUUUCGUAAAUAAUGGCAUUCAUGUGGGCAAUCGCAAUCAGUUGGAAGGCGAACGAAUUUGUGUUCAAGUCCCCUUGUUCCAUGCCUUUGGAGUGAUAAUCACUAUUAUGGCUGGCAUGUCUAAGGGAGCCACCUUGGUCCUGCCUGCAGCUGGAUUCAGUCCCAAGGACUCACUGGCCGCCAUUGUGAAAGAGAAAUGCACUGUUAUCCAUGGCACGCCCACAAUGUAUGUGGAUUUGGUUAGUGCACAACGUGAACUGCAAGUACCGCUGGGCAGGAUUAAGAAGGCCAUCACUGGAGGAGCCAUAGUGUCGCCUCAGCUCAUAUUGGAUGUGAAGAAAGUGCUCGGAGUUGAGUCCAUGCGCAGUGUCUAUGGUCUGACGGAAACAACUGCUGUGAUAUUCCAAACUCUGCCGGGAGAUGAUGAGGAAAGUGUCCUUCAUACAGUUGGCCAUCUGCAAGAUCAUGUAGAGGUCAAGGUUGUAGAUGCCGAUGGCAAUUGUGUGCCAUUUGGUCAACCCGGUGAGCUCUGCGUACGGGGAUAUGUCACUAUGUUGGGCUAUCAUGGCGACAAGGAGAAAACCGAAGAGACAAUUGGAGCGGAUAAAUGGCUUCGCACUGGCGAUCAGUUUGUAUUGCAAGAGGAUGGCUAUGGUCGCAUUGUGGGUCGUCUCAAGGAGAUGAUCAUUCGAGGCGGUGAAAACAUAUUUCCCAGAGAGGUUGAAGACUUUCUCAAUGCUCAUCCGCAGAUCGUGGAGGCUCAUGUCAUUGGUGUUCCCGAUGAGCGUUUGGGUGAAGAAAUCGUUGCCUUUGUCCGCCUGCACAAUGAUGUUGAUCCCAAGAGUUUCACAGUUGAAGCUUUGCGUGCCUAUUCCAAGGGUAAAAUUGCCCACUUUAAGGUGCCGAGAUAUGUGGUGCCUAUCGAUGCAUUCCCUAAGACUACUUCCGGCAAAAUACAGAAAUUCAAACUCUCCCAAAUGUUUGAAAACAAUAAAAAAAACUAAAACACAGGCUGUUAACUAAUCUUAAGUUGUAGAUUCUAUAAUAAACUGUUUUUUUU